UGGCCGCCAUGGAUUUGCGCAUUCCGUACUCGGGCAUACUAAGCCCCGAUGAAAUCCGGCCUGGGCACUUUGAUCACCUCGAGCUUGCUAAGCCAAUGUUUCAUAUUGGAUUCAUGAAAACUGUGCUUAGUAUUCUUCGUUGCGUCUGCUUCAGCUGCUCCAAAAUACUAGCAGAUGAGUAUCCGAAAUUCAAACAAGCAAUGAGGAUACGAAAUCCUAAGAACAGGCUAAAACAGAUUUUGGAUGGAUGCAAAAGCAAAACGAAAUGCGAAGGAGGGGACGAAAUAAAUUUACAAGCACAAGAUUCUGAAGAGCCUGUAAAGAAGCCUAAGGGUGGUUGUGGAGCUCAACAGCCCAAAAUUAGCAUAGAUGGUAUGAAAUUGGUUGCUGAAUAUGAACUCCAAGAGAAGAAGAAUGAUGAUCCCGAACAGAUCCCUGAGCCAAUUGAAAGGAAACAACAACUUACUGCAGAAAAUGUUCUCAGGAUUCUGAAGCGGAUAAGUGAUGAAGACUGUCAAUUGUUAGGGCUGAACCCCAAAUAUUCUCGUCCAGAUUGUAUGAUUCUUCAAGUACUUCCCGUACCCCCGCCACCAGUUAGGCCUUCUGAAAUGAUGGAUACAUCAUCCAGGAGUGAGGAUGAUUUGACUCAUCAGCUAGCUAUGAUUAUUCCGCACAACGAGAACUUAAAGAGGCAGGAACGGAAUGGGGCGCCUGCACACAUCAUAUCUGAGUUUGCACAGUUAUUGCAGUUUCAUAUUGCUACUUAUUUUGAUAAUGAACUUCCUGGUCAACCAAGGGCUACUCAAAGAUCAGGUAGACCUAUCAAAUCAAUAUGUAACAGAUUAAAAGCAAAAGAGGGUCGAAUCAGAGGUAACUUGAUGGGUAAACGUGUGGAUUUUUCUGCUCGGACUGUGAUCACUCCUGAUCCAAAUAUUAACAUUGAUCAAUUGGGAGUCCCAUGGAGUAUUGCUCUGAAUCUCACUUAUUCAGAAACUGUGACGCCGUACAACAUUGAGAGGUUGAAGGAGCUUGUUGAAUAUGGCCCUCAUCCCCCACCUGGUAAAACUGGGGCCAAGUAUAUAAUCAGAGAUGACGGACAAAGGCUUGAUCUCCGUUACUUGAAGAAGAGCAGUGAUCAACACCUUGAGCUUGGAUAUAAGGUGGAGCGGCACUUGAAUGAUGGAGAUUUUGUUCUACUCAACCGGCAACCUAGCCUACAUAAGAUGUCUAUAAUGGGACAUAGGAUAAAAAUCAUGCCAUACUCAACUUUUCGUUUGAAUUUGUCCGUCACCUCACCUUACAAUGCUGAUUUUGAUGGUGAUGAGAUGAACAUGCAUGUUCCACAGUCAUUUGAAACUAGAGCGGAAGUACUGGAACUCAUGAUGGUCCCCAAGUGCAUUGUGUCACCCCAGUCAAAUCGACCUGUUAUGGGAAUUGUCCAGGACACUCUUCUAGGUUGUCGCAAAAUAACUAAAAGAGACACUUUCAUUGAGAAGGAUGUUUUUAUGAACAUGUUGAUGUGGUGGGAGGAUUUUGAUGGAAAGGUUCCUGCUCCAGCAAUUUUGAAACCCAGGCCACUUUGGACAGGGAAACAAGUUUUUAAUCUUAUCAUACCAAAACAGAUAAAUCUCUUGAGAUAUUCUUCUUGGCAUUCAGAUUCAGAAAAAGGGUACACUACUCCGGGGGACACUCAAGUUAGAAUAGAAAAAGGGGAGUUGCUUUCUGGAACUCUUUGCAAGAAGAGUCUUGGGACAUCCAGUGGAAGUCUAAUACAUGUUAUCUGGGAAGAAGUAGGGCCUGAUGCAGCUCGCAAAUUUUUGGGACAUACUCAGUGGCUGGUUAACUAUUGGCUCUUGCAAAAUAGUUUUAGUAUUGCUGAUGCGAAAACCAUGGAAAAUAUCAAUGUAACUAUCUCAGAUGCAAAGAACAAAGUGAGAGAACUUAUCAUUGCUUUUCGAGAGAAGCAGAUAGAGGCUGAACCUGGUCGAACGAUGAUUGAAUCAUUUGAGAAUAGAGUAAAGCAGAUUUUGAGUAAGGCUCGCGAUGAUGCUGGAACUUUUGCCGAGAAGAGUUUAGCAGAGAGCAAUAAUCUUAAAGCUAUGGUUACUGCUGGAUCAAAGGGGAGUUUUAUCAACAUUUCGCAAAUGACUGCCUGUGUGGGGCAGCAGAACGUUGAAGGGAAGCGGAUUCCGUUUGGGUUCAUAGAUAGGACGCUGCCUCAUUUUACCAAGGACGACUUUGGUGCAGAAAGUAGUGGCUUUGUCGGGAACUCUUAUUUACGGGGACUGAAUCCUCGAGAGUUCUUUUUCCAUGCUAUGGGAGGCAGAGAAAGUCUGAUUGAUACUGCUGUGAAGACUUCUGAGGGAGAAGAAAUUACAGGAACCAAAGGUGACUAA